UUGAGUUUGUGAGAUGACUGGACGAGGAAAAACCGGUGGCAAAGCUCGGUCCAAGGCCAAAUCUCGCUCGUCCCGGGCCGGACUGCAGUUCCCGGUGGGCCGUGUUCACAGGCUCCUGAGAAAGGGUAACUAUGCUGAGCGUGUGGGUGCCGGAGCCCCGGUCUAUCUGGCCGCUGUGCUCGAGUAUCUGACAGCUGAAAUCCUCGAGUUGGCCGGCAACGCAGCCCGGGACAACAAGAAAACCCGCAUCAUCCCCAGACACCUUCAGCUGGCCGUCCGCAACGACGAGGAGCUCAACAAGCUGCUGGGAGGGGUGACCAUCGCUCAGGGCGGGGUGCUGCCCAAUAUCCAGGCCGUGCUGUUGCCCAAGAAAACGGGCAGCGCCACUCAAAGGGUGAACAGUCGGGAUGCAGUCCGCAAUGAUGGAGCUAGGCCUCCACUGAUUAUUGAAAUUGAACGGCCGCGUCGUUUACAGGAGUUCAGCGCUGCAAUCGGCUUCAUAUCCGUUCAUCGCCCGUACCAGAAGAAGUAUGAGGUCUAUUUAAUCCGCACUCCGAGCAGAUUUUACUCAUUUUGCCGUUUGAAUCCGAGCGAAGAAAUGCCCGAGCCGCAGAAAUCCGCUCCCAAGAAGGGCGCCAAGAAAGCUUUGCCCAAACCAGCGGGCAAGUCUGGCAAGAAACGCAGGAGGGUGAGGAAGGAGAGUUACUCCAUCUAUAUCUACAAAGUGAUGAAGCAGGUUCACCCCGACACCGGCAUCUCCUCCAAGGCCAUGAGCAUCAUGAACUCGUUCGUGAGCGAUAUUUUCGAGCGCAUCGCGGGCGAGGCUUCCCGGCUGGCCCAUUAUAACAAGCGAUCGACCAUCAGCUCCCGGGAGAUCCAGACUGCCGUGCGCCUGCUGCUGCCUGGGGAGCUGGCCAAGCACGCCGUGUCGGAAGGGACAAAGGCGAUGACUGGACGAGGGAAAACCGGUGGCAAAGCUCGGUCCAAGGCCAAAUCUCGCUCGUCCCGGGCCGGACUGCAGUUCCCGGUGGGCCGUGUUCACAGGCUCCUGAGAAAGGGUAACUAUGCUGAGCGUGUGGGUGCCGGAGCCCCGGUCUAUCUGGCCGCUGUGCUCGAGUACCUGACAGCUGAAAUCCUCGAGUUGGCCGGCAACGCAGCCCGGGACAACAAGAAGACCCGCAUCAUCCCCAGACACCUUCAGCUGGCCGUCCGCAACGACGAGGAGCUCAACAAGCUGCUGGGAGGGGUGACCAUCGCUCAGGGCGGGGUGCUGCCCAAUAUCCAGGCCGUGCUGUUGCCCAAGAAAACGGGCAGCGCCAGCAAGUGA